ACGCGCUCUAUCUUGGCCGCAGCUCCCAUCCAACAUGGGAUUCGUCCAGCUCGGUUUGCUGAUCUGGAGGGUAACUUGCGCCUUUGUUUCGGCGCUUGCUCAGGUCUUCUUACCUGCAAGGAAGAAGUCGGUGGAGGGAGAUGUUUGUGUGAUCACAGGGGCAGGUAUGGGGAUUGGACGUCUAUUUGCCUUGGAAUUCGCCAAGCUGGGGGCAACGGUUGUGCUUUGGGAUGUGGACAAGGCCGCAAAUGAGGAGACUGCCAGAUUGGUGCAGGCUGCAGAAGGGAAGGCCAAGGCAUACGUCUGUGAUGUCAGCAACAAGAAUGAUGUAUACAGGAUAGCCGAGCAGGUGAAGACAGAGGUGGGAGACGUGUCCAUCCUGGUCAACAAUGCAGGGGUGGUUUGUGGGAAGACCUUGCUGGAGCUGCCUGAUGAGGGAAUCCAGAGAACCUUUGCUGUCAACACUCUGGCUCACUUCUGGACAGUCAAGGCCUUCCUGCCAGGGAUGCUGGCUAACAAUCAUGGUCACAUCAUCAGCAUUGCCAGUAUCGCAGGCCAUUAUGGUGGUGUGGGUCUAUGUGACUACUCAGCCAGCAAGUUUGGAGCAGUGGGGUUUGAAGAGUGUCUGCGGUAUGAAAUAAGGCGAACUGGAAAGCAGGGCAUCUACACGACAGCAGCCUACCCGUGGAUCAUAAGUACAGGAAUGUUUGAAGGAUUUACUCCAAAGGAGGGCUGGUUACUGCCCCCGCUGGAGCCCCAGCAUGCAGUCAACAGCAUCAUGCAGGGCAUCUUAACAAACAGAGAAGUUGUCUUUGUGCCCGGAUACCUCAACUUUUUCACAUUCCUCAAACCAGUCCUUCCGAUGGAUGCCAUGUGGGCAGUGGUGAAGUUCUUUGGCAUUGAUACAGCUAUGGACACUUUUACUGGCAGGAGGAAGGAGGAGUAGGCUUGAUGAUACUUCCUUGUAGUCCAUUACGUUGCAAAACGAAGGAAGAGCUUGCCUUAAGAUUAUUUAAUGUUAAAUAAAUGAUUCCAUUGAUGCUAUGAGAUGGCUAAGACAUGUUUCAUGUGUCAGUCAUAGCAUGAUAUAUGUACAUGUACAUAUUAUAGUUUUCUAGCUGUUUAACAUAGUGUACUUACUAUGAUCUUUAUUUCUGUGUAAUUUUCUAGAAACUAAUAUGUCUAAUAUAUAACAACAUGUAAGACAUCUUCUUCACCUGAUCACUUCAAGGUCCACUUAUCUGAUUGGCUAAUUUGUUCCUGCCUAAGUGAAUGUAGUUGGUAGCCAUAGUUACUGCAUUGUUAUCAGUGGAAGCCGACAGAUGAAGUGACAUCUAUGAACUCCUUUUGAGCAUUGGUUACCGUAGUCAGGAUGAGCAUAACAUUGGUCACUAUUAUUAUUAUAUAGGUACCUGGAAACAUAACUUGAGAAAUAAGAUGUGGACCAUAUAACGUUACAUGUAUUCUUCAUUUUGAGAAGCAUUCCACAGUCUUGUUUAGGUUUCAUAAUAUUUGUACACUACUAGUAUUUCUUCCCAACCAAUUCAAUUAAUGUAAAAAACAACAACUUUAAGACUUCUAAGUCAAUUCAUAAGAUAGACACAAUCAAAGUUUAAUCAAAUUUCCUCCUCGCCACAAGUUGAGUGGUCUCUGAUGCGGGCACCACAUGUACAUGUCCAGUCUGCCGCUCUGUUCUGUCCAGUUUUACACCUGCUCUCUGGCACCUCCCAGGUGUAUCCGGCUAUUUUACUCCAUAAAAUGUUUAAUGUUAUUAGAAAAUAUUUUCCUUAACCUGUGAACUCAACAUGUUGAUGUAUUCAUAUAGGACCUGUUUCUUGCUCCUUUUGUAUCCACUUCUCUCGUCUAUGACAUAUAGAUGUAGAGUCAUUACAAAAGUCACUGCAGUUUUAUUGUGUCAAGAAACUGUACAGAAAGUAUGAAAUGUAAAAAAAUGGAAUUUAUAGAAGUACAAAUGGAACGAAAUAUGAAGCAAACUGAAAUAAAAUACAUGGAUAAUAUAAAGUGGGUGGUAAACGAAUAGUUA